AUGAAGCUCACCACACACAUCCUCAGGUCCCUCCGCGCCCGCCCGCUUACAGCUCUGCGGAGCUCAAGCUCCAGAACCCUCCUCACACAGAGCCAUUACCGAGGUGCAUCCGAGCCCCCGCUAUUACAGCAAACAAUUGGAAGCCACAUCGCCAGUGUCGCAUCUAAAUACGGUGAUUCGCCAGCCGUGAUAUCAAAGCACCAGAACAUCAGACUCUCGUAUGACGAUCUCCACACACAGUCGACGGCGCUUGCGCAUGGUCUUGCGGGCAUUGGCGUGAAGAAGGGAGACCGCGUUGCGGUCUCGCUGGGAAAUAAUGUCGAGUUUGCGAUUGCGACGUAUGCAGUGUUCAAGCUUGGUGCUAUACUGGUUCCUUUAAACCCGUCGUUCAAUUCCAACCAGGUUGUUGCAGCAUUGGAUCAUCUUGAUACCGCGCACCUGAUAAUCUCACUAGAAACAAAUCUCCCCCGGAAACCGCCGAGGUCGAAUGUACCGCUGUUCCAACAGCUCUUUCCGUCGUUGGAGACAUCCAUUGAGUCGGAGCUUGUGCCGUCGCUCAAGAAUGUUCUUAUGGUUGAUAAUUCGUAUGGACGGAUUGACCCAUCGAGGUUUAAGGCGUUCAAGGUGUUUCAAAAUACUCUUGAAGACGGCACUGGUCGUGGUGCUUUGAGCGAGGAGGGAUUAGACCCGAAUGAUAUAGUAAACAUUCAGUUCACUAGCGGUACAACUUCGAUGCCGAAAGCGGCGUGUUUGACCCAUAUUGGGAUUCUGAAUAAUGGUAAUAGUAUUGGUGACCGCUCGGCAAUCGUAUUCCCAUCGGAAUCCUUCAACCCUCUCCUGACGCUCAAAGCAGUCCAAGAAGAGAAGUGCACUGCCCUCUAUGGUGUCCCAACUAUGUUUACAGCGGAACUGGAGCUUCUGCAGAGUGGCGCGGUGCCAUACGAAGGAUUUCAAUAUCUCCGAACCGGUAUAGCUGCCGGGAGCAGCAUUCCAGCAGAGCUGAUGAAGAAGUUGCACUCGACGCUGAACUUGACAGAAUUGAGUAUGUAUCGCCUCUCCAGCGAACAGCUCGAUAUCAUGCUGAUUUGGCGAUGUGGUACGCAGCAAUAUGCUAUGGGUGAGGGGCUCCCUUCGCCGGGAUGUGGAAGGUUUUCUAAAGGGAACUGUAGAAUGACAGAGACAUCACCGGUUUCUGCGAUGACGACGACAGACGACCCGCUAGUCAAGCGUGUCGACAGUGUUGGGCGGCUACUCCCUCAUGUUGAGGCAAAGAUAGUGUCUGCAACUGACCGCAAUAAGAUACUCCCAAUAGGAGAGAAGGGCGAGCUUGUAGUAUCAGGUUAUCUUGUGCAAAAGGGCUACUGGAAUGAUCCCGUUCGAACUGCGGAAGUGAUGAUGCAAGAUGAGAAGGGGAAUACGGGAGACGAGGCUGAGAUGGACGAGGAGGGUUACAUCAAAAUCACGGGAAGAUUAAAGGACCUCAUAAUCCGGGGCGGCGAGAAUAUUCAUCCUGUGGAGAUUGAAAACUGCCUUCUUUCCCACCCCUCCGUUAUUGAAGCCUCAGUCGUAGGUCUGAAAGACGAGAGGUACGGCGAGGUAGUUGCUGUAUUUGUCAGGAAAGAUGAAUCCAAAGAUAUCACACCUGAUGAGGUGAGGGACUGGGUUAGAGAGAAGCUGUCCCACCAUCUAGUGCCGAAGUAUGUAUUCUUUGUAGAUGGGUAUCCGAAGACAGCCAGCGGGAAGAUUCAGAAGUUUGUACUGCAGGAAAUGGGCGCUCAAUUGGUUCUCGAGCAGCAGAAGGUCAAGGCAUAA